AAAACGAAAAUCCCACUUAGCGAGAAAUAAAAGACGCUUAGGAGCGAGGACAGAAGAACCCAAAAGAAACCAGAUGACCAAGGGGAAGGCGCCCGAAAAGCACUGUGUCCCCAAAACUACGGCUAUAACACAGGAUUACGAGCUCACAAGCAAAACACUCGGCAUAGGAAUAAAUGGAAAAGUAAUACAAUGUAUUAAAAAAGAAACUGGCGAGCAUUUUGCCCUUAAAGUCCUGGGUGAUAAUCACAAAGCACGAAGAGAAGUUGAUUUACACUGGAGAGCCUCUUCUUGUCCUCAUAUUGUGAAACUUGUUGACGUUUAUGAAAAUAAUAAUUUGAACACUAAAAAGAAUCACCUGCUAAUUGUGAUGGAAUCGAUGGAUGGCGGCGAGCUCUUCAGUCGCAUACAGCAAAGAGCGAAUGAAGCGUUUACUGAAAGGGAAGCCGCUAAAAUUAUUUGGCAGAUAUCUUCUGCUAUUGCUCAUCUGCAUCGAAUGAACAUCGCACAUAGGGAUUUAAAGCCGGAAAAUCUUUUAUUUACAAUAAGCAGUAAUGAUGCUGUAUUAAAAUUGACGGAUUUUGGCUUUGCUAAAGAAGUUACUGCGGGAAAAUCCUUGCAGACACCUUGCUUCACUCCUUACUAUGUUGCUCCUGAAGUUUUAGGUCCUGAAAAAUACGAUAAAUCUUGUCCUGAAAAAUACGAUAAAUCUUGUGAUAUGUGGUCACUUGGGGUGAUAAGCUACAUUCUCCUUUGUGGUUAUCCUCCCUUCUACAGUCACAAUGGCCAGCCGAUUUCGCCUGGAAUGAAGACUCGAAUACGAAAUGGCCAAUACGCUUUUCCUGCCUCAGAAUGGGCAAACGUUUCAGAAGACGCCAAGGAUCUCAUCAGAAAGCUUCUUCUGACUGAGCCUGAUCGACGUCUUACGAUCACUGAAGUUAUGAAACAUCCUUGGAUUUCUCAGCAUACUCGUGUCCCAAUGACGCCUCUAGCCACUAAGAAGAUCCUUUGCGAAGAGAAAUUUGCCUGGGAGCAUGUGAAGUCUCUGCCACGUGUUUGGCGAUUGAUCAUUGGACCCAGCUGA